AUGAAAACAGAAGGGAAAUUCCGCCGUUUACACAGACAACAGAAGCCGCCCCUGGCUACACCUGGUCCUCUGUCCGUACACGAAUCCAUUAAUGUGACAAGGUCAACCAAUAACAAAGAAAACAAGGACAAGAUCAACCAAGAACAAGGACAAGGACAAGAUCAACCAAGAACAAAGAAAACAAGGACAAGAUCAACCAAGAACAAAGAAAACAAGGACAAGAUCAACCAAGAACAAAGAAAACAAGGACAAGAUCAACCAAGAACAAAGAAAACAAGGACAAGAUCAACCAAGAACAAAGAAAACAAGGACAAGAUCAACCAAGAACAAAGAAAACAAGGACAAGAUCAACCAAGAACAAAGAAAACAAGGACAAGAUCAACCAAGAACAAAGAAAACAAGGACAAGAUCAACCAAGAACAAAGAAAACAAGGACAAGAUCAACCAAGAACAAAGAAAACAAGGACAAGAUCAACCAAGAACAAGGACAAACCAAAAACAAAGAAACAAGGACAACCAAGAACGAAGAAAACAAGGACAAGAACCAAGAACAAAGAAAACAAGGACAGUAACAACCAAGAACACGGACAAACCAAAACAAGAACACAAAUAAAACAAAAAAAAACAAAGCCCAUAUAA